AUGGUCGUACAAAUUUCAAUUUGUAGGAUGUCGAACGCCAAUGAUGAUUACGAUGAUGCCGAACACGAAGACUCCGAGGACGCUAAUGACCACAUGGAUGAAGGUGUUAACAAUGAUGUUCAACCGUCGCGUGUAUCCCGUUUGCAGCGGUUCAAUAAUAUACUUCAGUUACAACACCAACAACUGAUGCAUGUUUAUGAAGCGUUCCAAUAUAACCCGUCCAUUCCACGAGUCCCCUACCGGCAGUCGACGUACACUGGGGCGGACUGGGUUAAUGAACUACUUACGGGCCACGAUCGGAGGUUCUAUGAUGCAAUGGGUUUGAACAAGUAUGUUUUCAAAUUGUUGUGCAAAGAAAUUAAACAAACAGGUUGUCAUGGCGAAGCAAGACAACAAAAAGUCCGCAUUGAAGAAAGCGUUGCAAUUUUCUUGCAUACAAUAAAAGGACACCAAAGGCAUCGCCGUUCUGCAGAGUCAUUUCGACGUUCUACCGAGACAGUUAGUAACCAUGUGCAAAUCAUGCUGAAUGGCUUGCUGAAAAUGGCUCCACAAUACAUACGUCCCCCGGAUUUUAAUCGUGUCCCAGAUUGGAUACGAAAUAAUCGAUAUUUAUAUCCAUACUUUAAGGAUUGCAUCGGUGCCAUUGAUGGAACCAUCAUACCAGCUUAUAUUCCGGAAGAAGAGCAUGUCAAAUAUAGAUGUCGAAAAGGUUACCUGGCCCAAAAUGUGAUGGUGGCGUGUGACUUUGACUGCAAAUUCACUUUUGUUUUGGCAGGGUGGGAAGGAAGCGCAAAUGAUGCGCGUAUUUUUGCUGAAACAUUGACGGACCCCACAAACACAUUCCCGUGGCCGCCGGAAGGAAAAUAUUACGUGGUUGACUCGGGGUAUGCCAACGUGCCGGGAUUCAUGGCACCCUACCGCGGCGAUAGGUACCAUUUGCCGGAGUGGAUCCGGUCAAACAAGACCCCUAAAACUGCACGAGAGCUAUUUAAUAGACGGCAUGCCACUGUCAGGAAUGUGGUAGAACGUAGUUUUGGUAUACUAAAAGGUAAGUUCCCCAUUAUAAAAGGCUUGAUGCCAAACUACUCGCCUGAAUGCCAGACAGACAUUGUUAUCGCAUGUUGUGUUCUGCAUAAUUUCAUCCUUCAUCACCAAAAGUUCGAAAAUGUACCUCCUGCUUUACAUGACCCGGACUAUAUACCAGAACCCGAUGACGAUGAUCAUACUCGGCCCUUAAUGACAACUUUAGAUACCUCUAGAGUUGCUGUACGUGAACAGUGUGGUGUACGCGACUCCAUUGCUGCGGCGUUAUGGGCCAACGAAGGUGGCCGACGUCGUUAG